CAUAGUGGAUAUGAUAUCUGGAGUAUGAGCUUUAAAUUUCUGGUCUCGGUCCUUUGCCUGAAAAAUGCUUUGUUUGUUUUUCAGUUCAAAGAAGAGAUUUCCAGGCGGUUUAAAGCCAAACAGGAUCAGCUGGUUCUGAUCUUUGCUGGGAAGAUCCUGAAGGAUGGAGACACGUUGAAUCAACAUGGGAUCAAAGAUGGGCUGACUGUACACUUGGUCAUUAAGACUCCGCAGAAGGUCCAAGAUUCAACAUCUGCUGCUUCUGCCCCCAAUGCCGCUUCUGCCCCCACUGCAACCCCUUCUUCUCCUGCUGCCCCAUCUCAGCCUUCCACAUCCAGCAGCGCCGUUUCUGACACAGGGAGCGGCAGCAGACGGAGCAGUGGGUCAGGGACCAUGGGAGGUCCUGGAGACGGAGGCUCUAACAGUGCUACAUCCAUCCUGUCUGGCUUUGGCGGCAUCACUGGGCUGGGCAACCUUGGGAUGGGCUCUGCCAACUUCAUGGAGCUCCAGCAGCAGAUGCAGCGGCAGCUGAUGUCCAACCCAGAGAUGCUUUCUCAGAUCAUGGAGAAUCCCUUGGUGCAGAACAUGAUGUCUAACCCUGACCUCAUGAGACAGAUGAUCAUGGCCAAUCCCCAGAUGCAGCAGCUCAUGGAGCGAAAUCCAGAGAUAAGCCACAUGCUGAAUAACCCGGAGCUCAUGAGGCAGACAAUGGAAUUGGCUCGUAACCCUGCCAUGAUGCAGGAGAUGAUGCGGAACCAGGACCGUGCUUUGAGUAACCUCGAGAGCAUUCCAGGAGGAUACAACGCCCUGCGCCGGAUGUACACGGACAUCCAGGAGCCCAUGUUUAGUGCAGCCAGGGAGCAGUUUGGCAACAAUCCUUUCUCUUCCUUGACGGGGAAUUCUGAUAGCUCAAGCUCUCAGCCUUUGCGGACGGAGAACAGGGAGCCGUUACCGAACCCCUGGAGCCCCACGCCCCCUGCUUCCCAGAGCCAGGCGCCCAGCAGUGAAGGGAGCACUGGCUCGGCAACCACCCAAAGCACACCGACUGUAUCCAACCCCUUUGGGCUGAAUGCUGCUAGCAUUGGGGCUGGCAUGUUUAACAGCCCAGAGAUGCAAGGACUCCUGCAGCAGAUUUCUGAAAACCCUCAGCUGAUGCAGAACAUGAUUUCUGCCCCUUACAUGCGGAGCAUGAUGCAAACUCUUGCCCAGAACCCGGACUUUGCAGCACAGAUCAUGGUAAAUGUCCCCCUCUUUGCUGGGAAUCCACAGCUUCAAGAACAGCUUCGCCUUCAGCUCCCUGUCUUCCUGCAGCAGAUGCAGAACCCAGACUCCCUCUCCAUUCUCACCAACCCCCGUGCCAUGCAGGCGCUCCUCCAGAUCCAGCAGGGACUCCAGACGCUGCAAACGGAGGCCCCAGGACUAGUGCCAAGCCUCGGCUCCUUCGGCAUGCCUCGAAUGCCCCCGUCCUCCACAGGAGAAAGCACAAUCCCGGAGAACCCCGUUCCCUCCGCUUCGACGCCGGCCAGUGCCUCUCCAGCUGGGGGUGGUAACCCCCAACAGCAGCUCAUGCAGCAGAUGAUCCAGCUGCUGGCCGGAGGAACCUCUCAAGCGCAGAGUCCUGAAGUGCGAUUCCAACAGCAGCUGGAGCAGCUGAACGCCAUGGGCUUCAUUAAUCGUGAGGCCAACCUCCAGGCGCUUAUUGCCACUGGUGGAGACAUCAAUGCAGCUAUUGAGAGACUGCUGGGCUCCCAGCCUUCCUAAACUCUUGUCAUGCUGCCCCACAGACAUCAGCACAUGCAUCCAUACACAUGCACAGGGGGAUCUUUCAGGAAAGCCCACCAUCAUUUUCAUAUCUGACAGCUGUCCAUGUAUUUAAAACAAAAAGAUACAGCUUAACCCCUGACCUUCCUACUAAGUUAAGAUUUCAUGUUGAAAUGCUCUUUAACUGGCUUGUAUGUGGAUUCCAGUUCUCAUCGUGGCCACAGAGACUUCAGAUGUGUAUUUUUUCCUAAAUAUGCCCUCUGUCUCAGACACUCUUCUCUCUCUCUCUAGAUGGUAGAGGCGAUACUUCUAGUUACUUACCUGAAUGAUUGUGUUUUGAGUAGCUUGAUUUUAACUGUACAUGAUUCCCUCCCCUAGCCCUCCUUUCAGGCAAAUAUUUAAAACUUGAGCCAAGUUUGGGUUUUGGUUAUUUCUCCCAGCAUCUUAUUGGGAAUGGAUCAAAAGAAAAAUUGAAAUGACCUGGAAAUUUC